CGACAGCCAGACGGGAAACAGGGGGUGGCGGCGGGGGUUCCUGCCUCCCCAGGAUACUUCGGCCCGCGUUCCCCCCACCCCAGCCCUCACGCUCCUCGUCCUCAUCAGUUCCACCGCUGCAGGACCCGGGAGAAGAAAAGUAGCCUCCCCUACGGUCCUACCCCACCGUACCCAAUUCUUGACUUGCUCCCUCAUCGCUGAGAGCGUACUACUCUGUUUCUUUUAACCAUUUCGCGUCUUCCGUGUGUUGCUUGCCAUGGAUAACCACGGCGUCGUUCUUGCCGCCGAGCCCGAGCUAAGCUGAAUUCUGGAGGAUCAAUCGUGUCAGAAAGGGAAAGAAGAAAAGGGAGAAGAGCAGGAGGGUCAGGGGAGGAAAAGAAGAGUAAAUGGAAGCCGGGUUCCUGUGGAAAGAGAACGGCGACCAAACUGAUGCGGCGAGAAUGGCCGGCGGGCUCAAGAACAAGAGCCUCGAAUGGGAUUUGAACGACUGGAGAUGGGACGCCAAUCUGUUCCUGGCCACGCCGGUGGGCGCCGCGCCGUCCGAGUGCAGCAGCAGGGAACUAAGCCAGGCUCAGGGGGAGAUCGAUUUCGGCGUCGGCGUCGACAAGAGGAGGCGAGUCUCACCGGAGGACGGCAGUGCGGGGUGCAGCAAUUCGGCUUUAGCAAAUGGAGAUAGCCAUGUGGUGUCUGUUCAGAGAGCGCGGAGCAACGAGGAGAGGCCUCGGAAAGGUGCCUGCUCGAGCUCUCCUCCGUCUUGCCAGGUUGACGGCUGCCAGGCGGAUCUCAGUGGUGCUAGGGACUACCAUAAGAGGCACAAGGUAUGUGAAGCACAUACCAGGUCGAGCGUGGUUCGCAUCAAGAGCGUGGAACAUCGGUUCUGCCAGCAGUGCAGCAGGUUUCACCUUCUUCAAGAAUUUGAUGAAGGGAAGAAGAGCUGCCGUUCACGUCUAGCAAGACAUAAUGGAAGGAGAAGGAAAGUUCAGCCACAGGCUGGUGUGGAUGCGAAUUCCAUGAAUGAAAAUCAGUCUUUAAGCAGCACGUUAUUGCUUUUGUUAAAACAACUUUCUGGGCUAGAGUCUGGUAGCUCUUCUGAACAAAUAAACCAUCCUAAUUAUUUGGUUAACCUUUUGAAGAACCUUGCUGCUAUUGCCAGCACACAGGCAUAUCAAGAUAUGCUAAAGAAUGCAAAUUCAACUUUAAUAUCAUCAAAUGCUGGUAAUAAUGUCGCAAAUGACUUUACUGUGCAUGAACAAACUAGACGACCAAUUCCUGUUGGCCCUGAAUCGUCAGAAGAAGAGCCUCCAGUGAAAAGACGAGUACAGGAUUUUGAUUUGAAUGAUGUUUACAUCGAAGAAGUCGAGAGCCGAACAGAUAAAAUUGUGUUCAAGCUCUUUGGAAAAGAGCCGACGGAUUUUCCUGUAGAUCUACGGGCACAGAUCCUAAACUGGUUGUCACACUACCCAAGUGAUAUGGAGAGCUAUAUUAGGCCUGGUUGUGUUAUUCUAACUGUUUACCUUUGCCUCCCUAAUUGGAUGUGGGAUGAGCUUGACGAUGAUCCAGCUCCUUGGAUAGAAAAGCUUAUUAGCAUGUCCAAUGAUGGCUUCUGGAGAACAGGAUGGGUGUAUGCUAGGGUACAGGACUGCCUGACACUGAGUUGCAAUGGUAGUCUUAUGUUAGCAUCUCCCUGGCAACCGGUAAUUGGUGACAAGCAUCAGAGACUGUGUGUAACCCCUAUUGCAGUUGCUUGUUCUUCGACAGCAAAUUUCUCCGUGAAAGGUUACAAUAUAGUUCAGCCAACCACAAAAUUACUUUGUAUAUUUGGUGAGAAAUAUUUAAUACAAGAAGAAACACAAAUGCUACUUGAAGAUACAACAAUGCAGCAAGGCCCUCAGUGCCUGACCUUCUCUUGUUCCUUUCCUAGUAUAAGUGGAAGAGGAUUCAUAGAGGUUGAGGAUUAUGAUCAAAGCAGCCUUUCUGUUCCCUUUGUUGUCACCGAAGAAGAUGUAUGUUCUGAGAUUCGAAUGUUGGAACAUGAAUUGAGUUUGAGUUCAUUUGAUGAAACCUUGGAAGGAAUAGAUGAUCUGAUGGCUUCUCGCAACCGAGCCUUACAUUUUUUACAAGAAAUCGGAUGGCUUCUUCAAAGGAGCCACAUGCGAGCUACAUCUAAGCAGCCGCCACAGUAUUGUACAGAGGGUUUUCCUGUUGCAAGAUUUAGAUGGCUGCUAUCUUUUGCGAUCAAUCAGGAAUGGUGUGCUGUCAUAAGGAAGCUUCUGAACACCAUGUUCCAGGGUGAUAUUGAUCUAGAUGUCCUCUCACCAGUGGAAUUUUCCCUAGGAGAAGAUUUACUACUUACUGCUACCAAGAAACGAUCAAAGCCUUUGGUUGAUUUUCUAUUAAGAUACACACCAACAAACCAUGCUCUAGUGUACAGUGGAGACGUGGCUCCUGAUCAGUUCUUGUUUACUCCUGACAUGACUGGUCCGUCAAAUAUUACACCUCUUCAUAUUGCAGCCACAAUGAAUGAUGCUACUGGUGUUCUAGAUGCUUUAACUGAUGAUCCUCAGCAGCUGGGAAUCAAAGCAUGGAAGAAUGCUCGUGAUGCUACUGGGUUCACUCCUGAGGAUUACGCUCGAAAGAGAGGCCACAUAUCCUACAUUAAAAUGGUUCAGGACAAAAUCGACAGCAGAAUACCCAAAGCUCAUGUCUCUGUUGCCAUCCCCAGCGGACCAUCCACUACUAAUGCCAUCGGAAAGCAUGCUAUUCAAUUGAAGUCUACUGAUCAAACAACAUUUGAUGUGGAAAAAGGCCAACAAAGCAUCAAGCAACCAUUGAGCUGCAGACAGUGUGUCCAGCACCUCGGAUACCACCCCCGGACAAACAGGUUUUUGUCGAAUAGGUCUGCGGUGCUUUCCUUGGUUGCCAUUGCUGCUGUCUGUGUCUGUGUGGGGUUGUUAAUGAAGAGCCCACCACAAGUUGGUAUCAUGAAGCCUUUCCUCUGGGAUCACAUCAAUUGGGGCCCCAAGUGAUCGACUGCACAAGCAAUUACAAAGCCAAUUCAAUGUGCGGUGAAUAUAGGAAGCUGCUUGUGUUGAAAAUGAAGCUAAAUUCUUGUAAUGCGCAUAUUUAUUAGACUAGAUUGCAAUAUAUUUUUGUUGUACAAUCUGUGGAAUCCAUACUGCCCAUGCAUAUGCAUCCUGACUGGAAAUGUAACUUUUACUGGUUCUGAUUGAGAGGGAAACGUUCAAAUAGCUGUCAAGGCUAUGUCCAACA